GUGACGUCACCAUCCAGAUAACUGAGGAAAGUAACAGAACCUCCAUUUUUACAUGGUUCUUUCUUCUAGCAGCCCGAGGUCAUAGUAUAUAACCUCUUUGUUGAUAUUCAUAGAGGUGAGCUUUCUUGGAACCGAGACAUCGAUUUUGCGCAUCCAGAGGCGUUUUAUUUGUGAACGAGACGAACUAAUAAUCAUGGAUUUUAAAUUAUGUCAUCGCUCUGGGGUGAGGUACGUGUCGAUGCUCAUUUUUUUCUGUGUGGCCGUCUCCGUUAUAUCUGCUGUUACACACUACUCAAUCCCCGAAGAGAUGGAACAAGGUUCCGUGGUCGCUAAUCUAGCAUUGGAUUUGGGUCUGGACGCAAAAUCACUGGGUAGACGCAACAUGAGACUGGAUGUCAUCGCCAAUAAGCGAUAUCUUGAAAUCAAUAAAGACACAGGAGAGUUAUUUGUUUCUGAAAAGAUUGACCGCGAAUACAUAUGUAACAGCAAGAAUCCAUCGUGUUUUCUUAAAAUGGAUGUGACGAUCGAAAAUCCAAUUCGUCUGUUCAACAUUGAGGUUGAAAUAAUGGACAUCAAUGACAAUGCGCCUUUUUUUCGUAGAGACACGAUGCAUUUAGAUAUAUCCGAAUCGACCUCGCCAGGGGAGCGCUUUUCCCUACCUAAUGCUGUGGAUCCCGAUUUUGGUUCAAAUUCAGUAAAAAAUUACCAUCUUAGUAAAAAUCAACACUUUGCGCUUGAAAUUCAGACCGGGAGAGAUGGUUCAAAGUUUGCAGACCUGAUUGUGAAAACAUCUUUAGACAGGGAGAAGCAGGCUGUUCAUAAUCUAAUACUCACUGCUGUGGACGGUGGAGUCCCCACCCGCACAGGUACAGCCAGCAUCAUUGUUCGCGUGCUUGAUGUCAACGACAACGCCCCUUCUUUUGAAAAAGAAAAAUAUGUCGUAGAUGUGAUGGAAAACUCUCCAAUUGGCAGUCUAGUAAUUAAACUGAAUGCCACUGAUUUAGAUGAAGGAUCAAAUUCUGAGAUUGUUUAUUCAUACAGUUUGUAUACAUCAGAAAGGACACAAAAGAUGUUUAACCUCAAUCCAGAAAAUGGUGAGAUCAGAGUCAAAGAGAUGAUAAAUUAUGAAGAUUUAAAACUUUAUGAAAUGGAAAUUAUAGCCAGUGAUAAG